AUGAGGGACCGGCCUCGAGAGGACCACACCGCCGGCGGCCCCCUCCCGAGUGUCCCUGCCUGUGGGGGAGCCGGGGGGAGGGGGCGAGGCCCGGAAGGGCUGGGAUACCUGCGGCAGCAAGGCCAGCCCUCUUCUGGGCCGCUUCACUUCGUGCUCCAGCUCGGCUGUUCCAUCGAGUGUCUCCAUCCAAGAGGCGGGGAGAUUGAGACCAGCUGCCGCCGCCUGGAUUCUCCCAGAGCCGCCCGCCCGCCCGCGACACCAGCCCAGGUCCUCGCACCGUCCUGGGGGAAUCUCGCCGAGAGGGGACACUCAGCGGCCGGUUGGACCCGGAGGCCUCCCCUCCCACUACUCGUGCCAACAUUUCCCUGGGGCCACCUUGGCACCACAGGUUUCCUCUCUGGCAAACCUGCCCAUCCUGCCUUCCCUCCGGGCCCGCGCUGCCUCUGCCCUGACGUGGUGGUGACAGGGGCCAGAGCUCCAGGGAGCUGUCAGACACCGUCCAGAGUGGGCAGCCUGGCGUCUGGCUCCACCCCGUGCUGUGUGACCUCCUCUCUGGAUAUCGUAAGUUGGGGGGAAGCUCACCUCCUUUCAGGGGACCCUGGGUCUGAUCUGCCUCUGCUGGACACGCAAGCCCACGCAGCCCUCCUGCGGCCCAGGAGCCUCGGGUCUGGGUCAGGGUGUGGAACCCCACUGAGUCCGCGAGGCCACAGCCCUCCUCCCACCUGGGGUGGCUCCUGUGCCUUUAAAGCCUUCCCCCACCGGCCAGCAGGGAGGGAGGGUGGAGCUGCCCAGCUGGGCUCCGGGACUCAGUCCUGUGCUGGGCAGCAGGAGGCCCUGCCCGCGCGCCAGGUGAGCUGGGAUGGAGGGGGCUCUGGCAUCCCGACCCUGGGGCUGUCACCCCAAAGCACAUCUCCCCCCGGGGAGCUGCUGGACGUCAUGGUGGGGGAGACGCUCGGGCUUGGGGCCUCCCAGAACGUCUGGGGGCCCGGGGUCCAGCCCCAGCUCUGCCCACCGUCAUGUUCCCGGGUGAAGGGAGUGUGGGCGGAGGAGGCGGGUCGGGGGGGCAUGGGGUCUGGAGGAGACCCCCAGGCCAGCCCCUGCAGCCUGGCCGGGGAGGCCAGGGUCUCCUAG